AAUUAUAAUCAAAUUAAUCAUGAUAAGAUAAUGGAGAGUACUCUCAUACACAUUCCCUCUUGCUUGAAGGUUAGUACAAGUAAGAACAAAGAAGUGUGUAGAAUGGGUAGAGUGGGAAUCAUAGCCACUUAAUUUAAUAUUAUUGUUAUCAACUAGGAUUGACUUUCCUUCAAAACCGGAUGACAAUGGUAUAUUUAGGAGAAGAUUCCACGCUCCUUGCAGUAGCCAACUUGCAAUCCCUCCCUCCAUACUUCCAUACCCUAUUACUCCAUAUACAAGUAUGUAAAACUAUAUAUAAUCCUUAAUUAUGAUCUCUUCAACAUAUUUACCAGAUUCAAACACUCUCUAACUCAACUAUCUCUCCAUCAGCGGGCAGGAUGAGAAAAUUGGAGAUGAAGUUCUUUGCAAUCUUCUUAUUUACUAUUGUGAGCCUUGAAAUGGUGAGUUCGCAUGGAGACCAGCCUCUUUCGAAAGUUGCUAUUCAUCAGACCGUAUUUGCCCUUAGUGACAAGGCUUAUAUUAAAGCCUCUAAAAGUGUUCUUGGACUCAAGGAAGAAAAUAUGGAAUGGGUUGUUGUCAAAUUCAGUUCUCCUAACCCAUCAAACGAUGACUGGAUAGGAGUAUUCUCUCCUGCUAUUUUCAAUGCCUCAAAUUGCCCUGCAGAAAAUCCAGCAACACAUACACCAACACUAUGUACAGCACCUAUUAAGUAUCAGUUUGCAAAUUACACUAAUCCUAGGUACACAAUUACAGGAAAAGGAGAAGUAAAGUUUCAGAUAAUCAAACAGAGAUCUGAUUUCUCUUUUGCACUUUUCUCCGGCGGCUUAUCAAAUCCAAAGGUGGUGGGACUAACAGGUGCUAUAGCUUUUGCAAAUCCAAAUUCUCCUGUUUAUCCACGUUUAGCACAAGGAAAAAUGUGGAACGAAAUGACAGUAACAUGGACAAGUGGAUAUGGGAUUGAUGAAGCUGAGCCAUUUGUUGAAUGGGGUAAAAAAGGAGGAGACCACGUGAGAUCCCCUGCUGGGACAUUGACCUUUGACCGUAACAGCAUGUGUGGUGCGCCAGCAAGAACAGUUGGAUGGCGAGAUCCUGGAUUUAUACACACAAGUUUUCUCAAGGAACUGUGGCCUAAUACAAUGUAUUCUUACAAGUUGGGUCAUAAAUUUUCCGAUGGUUCUUAUGUAUGGAGUCAUGAAUACCAGUUCAAAUCCUCUCCUUAUCCUGGCCAAAAUUCCAUUCAACGUGUUGUCAUAUUCGGUGACUUGGGAAAGGAUGAAGUUGAUGGAUCCAACGAAUACAAUAAUUAUCAGCAUGGUUCUCUGAAUACUACCAAUCAGCUUAUUCAAGAUCUGGAGAAUUAUGAUAUUGUCUUCCUAAUUGGAGAUAUAUGUUAUGCAAAUGGAUAUCUUUCGCAGUGGGAUAAAUUCACUUCUAUGGUUGAGCCAAUAGCAUCAACUGUGCCAUUCAUGGUUGCUAGUGGUAAUCAUGAGCGUGACUGGCCUGGAUCAGGAUCUUUCUAUGAAAACUUGGAUUCAGGGGGGGAAUGCGGUGUCUUGGCUCAAACUAUGUUUUAUGUCCCUGCCGAGAACAGGGCUAAGUUCUGGUACUCAACAGAUUAUGGUAUGUUCCGAUUUUGUGUAGCUGACACAGAACUUGAUUGGAGAGAAGGGACUGAACAAUACAGAUUCAUUGAAAAUUGCCUAGCAUCAGUUGAUAGACAGAAGCAACCAUGGUUGAUCUUUCUUGCACAUCGUGUCCUUGGCUAUUCUUCUGGAGACUUUUACGUGGACGAAGGAUCGUUCGGAGAGCCUAUGGGCAGGGACAGUCUUCAAAAACUCUGGCAAAAGUAUAAAGUUGAUAUUGCCAUCUAUGGUCAUGUGCACAACUAUGAAAGAACAUGUCCAAUAUACCAGAACAUUUGCACCAGUGACAAGAAGAAUUAUUAUAAGGGUAGCUUGAAUGGGACAAUACAUGUGGUUGCUGGUGGCGGGGGAUCGAGUCUUGCGAAAUUCUCCUCAGCUACACCAAAAUGGAGUCUGGUUAGGGACUACGACUAUGGAUUCACCAAACUUACAGCAUUCGACCAUUCAAAUCUGUUAUUUGAGUACAAGAAGAGCAGUGAUGGAAAAGUUCACGACUCAUUCAGGAUAUCACGAGAUUACAGAGAUAUCUUGGCCUGCGCUCCUGAUGGUUGUCCAAGUACGACGCUAGCUUCUUAAGUCUCUUGGAAUACAAGUGCAAAUGUUUUUUCUUUUUUAUGUGAACAAAUCGACAAUAAAACUUCUUUUUGCAUAAAAAGCAAUACCGAAAUACAAGAAUAGCCUCUUAAAUAUUGGUGUAAAAUGGUCAUGCAGACGUUGGUGAUUAAAAUCGACAAAUUUUGUUAUGAACUAGAAUUUACAUUUAAGCCUCAAAUCCUUAAAAUACAUUAUCACAAGCAAUCCACAAAAUUAACUAAAUAUAAAACUGCUAAACUAUUUACUUUCAAAUUAAGCUAGCUAAUAAUUGGGAGAAAGCUCUUCUGAAUUUCAGUUCUAUUACUCGUGAAUCUUGGAUCCACUAUUAUUAUUCAUCAAAUAACAAAAAAAUUUCACAUAUCGAGCCAUAGUAUAAUAUAAGCAAGCAAAAAAGAUUUACCAAGGAAACUGCACACCUAAAAAAUUAAAGGUAUAGGUAUUCCAAGUAAAAUUGUGCAAGGGAGAAACGAACACCAGCUGCAUCUAUGCUCUAAAGAAUCAUGUUCACUAGCCUUGCCACCAGUGUUUUGAAUAAUCAAGGUCAAUAAUUAUACACAAAAUGAUUUUGUGCUAAAAUAAUUAGAAUGUCAUCCAUCAACUUUGGGUUUAUCAUCUACAAGAUUGAAAAUUUUGUAUCCUGCUCUGCAUCAGCAAUGUAAUAUUAGAUUUAAAAAGCUGACUAUAUAUAUAAAAUCCAAAGGAAAAAUGGUUCAACUGAGAUGAAGCUUAUUCUUGCUUAUUACGGGCAAGUGUUGCUCGAUGUCUGAGUUCUGCUCUCUUCCACCGAACAAUGAGAUGACACAAGGAAAAGAGUGUAUUGAUCAAAAUUAUGAUUGCAGUAAUGAGAAGAGGCCCGGACCAAAGCACAGAGAGGAAAACACCAUUUGGAUCAAAAUAGUUUUGGCCAGCGAAGCUCUUCCAGUUCUUUCCAAGGAAACUAUUGAGCCUCUCAGCAAGAAAUACACCACCCAAUGACAGAAGAAAGAGAAUCAUUUGAAAAUUCAGAUUUUUCCUUGAAGUAAUAGUAGUGAGCAGCACCAAAAAAUGGAAUCCGAGUAAGCCCAUAAGCCAAGGUUCCUUCCAAUCGAUGGCCUGGAAGAAACCGAUGAAAUUAUCGUAAGCAGGUCGAAGACCGGUACGGAGCUCGGCGGACAGUUUUUGAACAAGAUCGGCCAUUUGAUCCAUGUGCUCCUCCAUAGCGGAUCUCAGGUCAUCCAUGGUUUGGUUGUUGUUGGUAUUGGUGGUGAUUCAGAUCCAAACUGCAAUUUUUUUGACCAGAUCUUCCUCUUUCUAAGCCAGCUGCUUUUCUGAGAUUUGCUCUCACCGUCUCUUCUUCGC